AGAUGUUAUUCAAGCUGCGAGCAAACACACGAGCUACAGCUUUGAUCAUGUACUUCAACAAUCAUCACCUCGAGUAUGCGCGUCCCGCGUUCGCACGAAAAGGCUUUUGAAUUCCACCUAUGGAAGCGUUCCAGAACGUCUGCAUUUCUGGUGGCACGCACGAGCUACCCGAAGCCAUACCCGAGCGGAUCGCUUGCAUCGCCAAUAGCAACACUUCUGCUGCUGCUGCGAUACUUUCUAUGCUGAAAGCAUGAUUGCGCCAGCAGAAUGAGGAUCUCAAGAAAUACAGCCUCCCAUGGUCAGCGACUCUUUCAUCUUCUAGACAAGGCACUCCGCCUGUAAGGAAUCUCAAUACUGCCACGAGCACGUGUCGUUACACAGAAUCCAGGCGAGCUAUAUUGGCACCCGUGUUCAUGCAUCUCAGCUCCCGACAUGCAAGCCACGGCUUGAACCUCAUUUCUGGCUGCUGAUCGCGCCACAUGGUCUCACCUCUCCUCCCGUUCUAGGCCCAGCAUUGAGAGCUCCCAGCUCUCCACACACCAGAUAAUCGUCUCCACGCGUCAACAUUGAACAACAUGGCAUAUCUGGAUAAAGGCGACUACAAUCGCCGCUCACGAUACAUCAACCGCGGCCGCAUCAUCCUUCUCUGCGCCUUCGUCCUCCAAGGCUUUCUCGCGUACCACCUCGGCGUACGAUCUGUAGACAUCCCAGAAGAAUAUGAAGAACCAGCGUUCAAUUUCUCUCCGCUCGAGGGCGCAGCUCCAGAUAACCCGAUGACAUGCAGAUCGACUACUCAGAAGCCCAACGAAGUUUCCAAGUUCGUUAUGGGCUCCAUGUCCGAUAAAGAAACGAGCUAUGACUGGCUCGUGAUGGCCAACAAGAAUCGCUAUGCUGCAAAGCAAGGUUAUGACAUUAUCUGGGAUCUUGAGAAGAAUCACAAGUACACCAAGGACUGGGACCGCUUGACUGCCAUGGAGAAGGUCAUCCGAGGGAAACUGAAGGGAGAUAAUUCGUAUGAGUGGAUUUGGUGGAGCGAUUAUGAUUCGAUCAUUACCAAUUCUUCGGUCAAAUUGGAAAAUAUCGUCGAAGAUGCAUUGGCUGAGAUUGAAGAUUCAUCUCGCAGGUCGCAGAUUGAUAUUAUCAUGACUCCAGAUUGCUGGCCGAUGAAUAGCGGGAGUUUGCUUCUGAGAACCACGAAAUGGUCUUUGGGAUGGAUUGAAGAAAUGUGGAAGGAGAAAGAAGUGGAGAAUGAGGAAGGGAAUAAGAGAAGCUUGCAGGAUUGUCUGAGAGACAUGUACGCCAACGACCUGCACAACAUGAAGCACAAGGGGACCUUUGUGAAGCAAUAUAAGAUGAACGCCUUUCCGACUGAGAUCCAUUGCCACGAGGAUGAUCGGCCUUGGCAGGAAGGAGAUUUCAUGAUUCACAUGGCAGGCGCAUGGGCUCAUGUUCAUGAGAAGGAUCCUACAGGGUUGCUGUUGCGAAAGUAUGCGCAGUUUGCUUUUUGAUUCGGAAAGGACGUAAGUAGGUGAGUGAGCGCUUUUCUGUCAGCUUCUGUGAGGAAUUGGCCCCGCAGAUUUCUAUAUGUCUGGCUUGCCUCCUAGGAGAUCUAGCAAGUUGCCGCACUCCGAUUUAUGCAUCGAACUCCUUUCAUAUUGUACAAAGCCACUUCAUGACUAAAGUUGGACCUCUUGACAGGUCGCAGAAGAGGCACGCAAUUUGCCAAGUGCAGCGGUCUGCAAAGUAUGCCAUCUUGAAAUCGACACCGAGAGGUCCGCACGAUCUCAUGAACUCCAUUCCGGAGGAGAAAAGCACUGGGAUCAGCAGACAACAAGCACUUCUCGGCAGCUCCUCUCAGCCACAAAAAUGCCCCUCCAAAACCAGUGCGGAAUCACCCACCGCCCUACAGCACGAGAUCUUCAUCAUUUCUCCCUCUCCAACCAGUAAAACAUGUCAGAUGUCCAUCUCUACGCCUAUCCCCGCCUCAAAGUUCUUAAGCCGGCCUCGGCGCAGCUAUAGUCACCAUCAGCUACACUGCCAAGCCUCGAUGAU